AUGAAGAUUGUUCUACUGUGCAGUUUGGUGCUUGCCUCCGUGCUUGUGGUGGAAGCCGGAGAUUUUUGCGCCCUGAACGCCGAGAAGAGAUCAUCUACACUUCAUUGCUUGGGUGAGAAGUUAGCUCCUGAGGUGAAGGGCAUUUUGCUCGCUCUCAACCAGGAAGGAUCGGCGAUUGCGGAGUUUGUCCAGAAACACUGUGAUGAGGGCACUGACUAUGUCGAAGUACUAAAGAAAACCCUGAGUGCACAAGAACUUGCAUCUUUGAAGAAGGCUUACGAAGAGUGCACUGCCUAG